AUGGUCAGUAAUAAAUUAACAGAAAAAAAUAAACAAAAACAACGACAAGAAGAUAAUGAUGAUGAUGGUUACAGAAGUCAAACACAACAACGUAGUCAAAUGAUUACAGAUGAUGAUGCUGAAACGCGUUUAAGAGUUCGUUUAGAUUAUCGUCAAUUUAUUGAUGAUCUUAAUACCAAUCGACAAUUAUAUACAGCACCAGAUAAUGAUGAAUUAG